UCAAACAGACAUCCAGCGCCGUCCGUUCCUAACCUGGAUCUUGGAAUACUGGCAGUUUUUCUUAAGUAAAUUUCAGCUGAAGGAAUGGACCAAGAUAAAAACAGCCAAGGCAAAAAAGUGUUUGGAUUAAAAGUGAAGAAGAAAAGGAAAAGCAACAAGGGUCUUGUGAUCGCAAACAAAGGCGCUGCAGAGCCUGAAUCUGAAACUAAUCCAGACGAGCCAGCCGUGUCAAACGCUGAAAAUAAUGAAGCAACCACUCCUGAAGACUUUUCCUUUCGACACGAUCCUAAUACUAAAAGGUCUAAACUUGUGACCAAGAUAUUGGAAAGCGAGAGCAAACCACAACAGUUUCAGAUCUCCAUCAAUAUAACCGAAGCUCGGCAGCUGGUUGGGGAUAAUAUAGACCCUAGUGUUGUCAUUGAAAUUGGAGAUGAGAAAAAACAAACCUCUGUGAAGGAAGGAACCAACGCCCCCUUUUAUAAUGAGUAUUUUGUGUUUGACUUUUUUUGUCAUCAACACAUCUUUUUUGACAAAGUCAUCAAACUAUCAGUGAUGCACUCAAAGAUCAUGAAGGGCUACUGUGUGGGAACCUUCAAGAUUGAUGUUGGAACGGUUUACGCCCAACCUGGCCAUCAGUUCGUCAACAAGUGGGCAAAGCUAACAAACCCAGCCGACAUCCACACAGGGGUUAAAGGACACCUGAAGUGUGACAUCAGCAUCUCAGGAAAGGGAGAUGUUGCACGACCGUCCCAGAAGUUUAGUGAUGCCGAGGAACAGAUAGAAAAGAACCUCCUGCUUCCUGAAGGCUUAAACCCCGAGCGGCCAUGGGCUCGGUUUUAUGUGAUAGUGUACCGAGCAGAAGGUCUUCCCAGAAUAAACUCCAGUAUCAUGGCCAAUGUGACCAAAGCCUUCGUUGGAGAUAACACAGCCCUUAUAGAUCCUUAUGUAGAGGUGUCCUUCUUUGGUCAAGUUGGUAGGACGUCGACGCAGAAGAGCACAGCAGAUCCAGUGUGGAAUGAGCAGGUGGUUUUUAAGGAGAUGUUUCCACCGCUGUGCCAAAGACUGAAGAUUCGGGUACUGGAUGAAGGCAGCAUGAAUGAUGUGGCCAUUGGGACUCAUUACAUCGAUCUGCACACCAUCUCAAAUGAUGAAGAUGGAGACAAUGGUUUCCUGCCCACAUUCGGACCAUCAUGGAUCAACAUCUACGGCUCACUUCGUAAUUCCACACUGGUGGACGACAGUCAGCUGAACGAGGGUGUCGGAGAGGGCGUGUCGUACCGGGGAAGGCUUUAUAUAGAGCUGAUGGUGGAGAUCUUGAGUGGAGGUGCUGAAUCGAAAUCCCUGUCCAGGAUGAAGGGAGGGAAAACGGGCACUAAAGAUCCAAAAGCUGCAGCGGGGACAGGAGGUGAGGAGGAGAAGAGCAAGAACACAGGACCUGAGGUGAUGCCGGUAGAGCCCCUACAGAAGGUGGCUGAUGAAGACGUGGAAUCUUUCCUCCUCUUUGGUUCUGUGUUUGAAGCUUCCAUGAUUGACAGGAAAUUAGGCGACAGACCCAUCAGCCUUGAGUUCACUAUCGGUAACUUUGGGAACUUCAUAGAUGGCACUACACUUCCUCCAAAGAAAAAGCUUGAAGAUGUGUCCUUGACCACUCCUCUUCUAGACACCACAGCUACAACACCAUGCAAAUCCAGUACAACCCCAGAGAAACCGCUUUUUGGAGAUGCACAGAGGCACUAUAUGUAUUUGCCAAUCUCAAAGCGAAAGCCCUGUGUCUAUACUUAUUCCAACUGGGAGGAUCGGGCCUAUCGUCUCCAUCACUCCAACAUGCUGGACACUAUUGCCCUGAUGUUUGAGGAUGGAGUUGCUAAAGUGAAGGAACUGGAUAAAAUGUUAAAUCCCAAGGCAGAGAGUCUCAUGAAACAUGUUUUACGGGAGUUCUGCAAAGAUACCAGAGAGUUUAUCGCCUUUGCUGAAAAGAAGGUGAAGGGAGCCAACUUGACUUUACUGGACAAAAAGAGACUCACGAUGUGUAAACAGGAACUGGAGAGUAUGAUUAAAGUAUCAGAAGGAAUUCUUGAGCCCAAGAGGAGAGCCUUGACCGUUACAGAGAUGCUGCAGGAAGUCCAGAAAAUCAAAAAGAAACUGAGAUUUCUGGUGGAAGAGCCUCAGCACACUCUGCCGGAUGUGUUUGUGAGCAUGGUCAGUAAUAACAAGCGUUUGGCACACGCCAGAAUCCCUGCUCGGCACCUGCUCUUCUCAGAAAGUCAAGAGCAGAAAGGCAAAGACUGUGGGAAGAUCAUCACGCUGUUUCUUAAGCCUCCAGGAAAGCGUGGACCGGGGUGGACCGUCCAGGCUAAACUGGAUGUGUUCCUGUGGCUGGGAACUUCUAAAGACUCGUUCCACAUGUUGGAAAAUCUCCCGUCAGGCUUUGAGGCGGAAGCUGUGUCCUCAGAAGACAGGAGUGGACUUCCACCUGAGAAUUUACUAUACAAGGAGCAGCACAAGUUCCAGCUGCGAGCUCAUAUGUACCAGGCUCGAGGUCUCAUCGCUGCGGAUAACACAGGCCUGUCUGACCCUUUCGCCUGGGUGUCUUUUAUGUCCAACAGUCAAAGCACUGCUAUCAUCAACCAAACUUUGACACCCACUUGGAACCAGAUGCUCCUGAUAGAAAAUGUGUCUCUGCAUGGAGAGCUUCACGAAAUCGUCCAGGAACCUCCGCGAGUUGUGAUUGAAGUGUAUGAUGAUGAUGCAGUGGGUACGGAAUAUUUGGGAUCGACAGUGGCUGUUCCAGUAGUGAACGUGUGUGAGGAGCAGUACUCCCCCCCUCAGCUGCAGUACAGCCCUCUGUUCUGUGGGAAUCUGUCAGGAGGAGACAUACUGGGAGCCUUUGAACUCAUUCAGGUCUCAGGAGAACACAAACUCCCUGCAUUUGAUAAACCGGAGGGAGGGGUUUUCCCAGUGCCCGCAAACAUCCGACCUGUGCUCUGCAAAUACAGAAUAGAGGUUUUGUUCUGGGGCCUGAGAGAACUGAAGAAGGUUCAGCUCUUAUCUGUUGAUAGGCCUCAAGCGUUUAUCAAGUGUGCAGGCGGAGGCGUCAACUCUUCAGUUAUACAGAGUUACAAGAAAAACUCAAACUUCACAAUGCUGGUGGAUGCCUUUGAUGUGGAACUGCCUGAAGAUGAACACCUGCUCCCCCCUCUCACCAUCACUGUGGUUGACUGGAGGGCCUUUGGGCGGAGCACGCUUGUGGGUAGUCAUGUGAUUAACAACCUGGCUUUAUUUAAACACAUCCCCACAAUAGCCAAACAGCCAAAGCAGGAGGCCGAAAACGUUGCUGUCGCUGCACUAUCUAUUCAGCAGAGUGUUGUGCCAAAGCCAGAAGAAGAGAUUGCCAUUGACAUAGAGCACGAGGAGACACCCACACUUCACCCCAAACCUGAACCAGAAUCAGCAGAAUGUCCAGACCAAAGGGUGUCCAAGAAGUCCAAACGAAGGUCGACUAAGAGGAAGAAACGCACAGCGGCUGAUGAGUCGGCAGAUAAUGUUAUCGACUGGUGGUCCAAGUAUUAUGCAUCAGUGGAGAAGAUCCAACUGGCCAAGCAAAACGAAAGCAAUCCAUUUCCACUGCUCUUUGAUAAUGUACUUCCAUUGGAGAACAUUGUGUCAGAAGGAUUGAUCAAUCUGGCUUCGGGUCUUAAGGACAGGAAAAAAGAGAUUAAUUUCAAGAGUGUGGCAGAACAGCCCAAGCUUGCGACAUUACAGGUAUAUGACAAAGAACUGGAAGCUGAGUUUGGACCCUUUGAUGACUGGGUGAAAACCUUUCCGCUCUGUCGAGGAAAGGCCAACGAGGAGGAAAGCUCUGCCGAUGAGAGAUUUGUUGGGAAGUUUAAGGGCAGGUUUUGUCUGUACAAAGUGCCAGAAAAAGAUGUUGAGGAGGAUGGGUUUAAAAUAACCCAGGGUAUUCCUCCAAACACGGCGGUGGACGCCAUAAUCCGAGUGUACAUAGUUGCAGCAUUUAACUUGCACCCAGCGGACCCCGAUGGCAAAGCAGACCCUUACAUAGUGCUUAAACUGGGAAAAACUGAUAUCAAGGACAGAGAGAACUACAUCCCAAAACAACUCAACCCAGUGUUUGGAAGAUCCUUCGAAAUUCAAGCCACUUUUCCCAAGGAGUCCCUUCUAACGGUUCUCAUUUACGACUAUGAUGCUGUCGGUGGUGAUGAUUUGAUUGGAGAAACACAGAUCGAUUUGGAGAACCGCUUUUACAGCCGACAUCAUGCCACCUGUGGUCUGCCGACCGAAUAUGACAACGAUGGUUAUAACGCAUGGAGAGACGCGCUCAAGCCAACUGACCUGUUGAUUAAACUGUGCAAGGACAACGGGCUGAACAGUCCUCGUUUCACUCCCGGACGUAUUUCCAUUGGGAACAAAGUCUUCACUGGUAAAACUUUAUUCGUAGAUGAAGAUCAGAUGGUGGAGUCAUACGAGCAUCUGGCUUUAAAGGUGCUACAAAGGUGGUCAGAGAUGCCAGAUGUGGGCUGUAAACUUGUCCCGGAGCACAUUGAAACUCGCACCCUGUACCUCAAGAACAAACCAGGACUGGACCAGGGCCAGCUGCAGAUGUGGGUUGACAUUUUUCCUAUGGAUAUGCCUAAUCUUGGUCCUCCCGUGGACAUCUCCCCUCGCAAACCCAAAGGGUAUGAACUGAGAAUCAUUAUCUGGAAUACUGAAGAUGUUAUACUGGAGGACACCAACUUCAUAACAGGACAGCAGUCGAGUGACAUUUACGUCAAAGGGUGGUUAAAGGGUCUUGAAGAUGACGGCCAGGAGACCGAUGUUCAUUACAACUCUUUGACCGGAGAGGGUAACUUCAACUGGCGCUUUGUGUUCCCCUUCAACUACCUGCCGGCUGAGAAAGUGGUGGUGGUGCAGAAGCGAGAACACAUCUACUCUCUGGAUAAAACUGAGCAGAAGAUCCCUGCAGUCCUUGUGUUGCAGGUGUGGGACUUUGAGAGGCUUUCAUCUGAUGAUUUCCUGGGCUCGGUGGAGUUGGACCUGCAUAGGUUUCCACAUGGUGCUAAAUCAGCUAAAGCCUGUAAAGUGGAGAUGUUGAUGGAAAGUUUAGAAAACAUCUCUAUCUUCCAGCAGAAACGCUCCAAAGGCUGGUGGCCCUUCAAUAAAGCUGGAGAACUCACAGGGAAAGUAGAGGCGGAGUUCCACCUGGUAACAGCAGAAGAGGCAGAAAAAAGCCCAGUCGGCCGUGCACGCAAGGAGCCUGAGCCUUUGGAAAAACCAAAUCGACCAGACACAUCCUUCUCUUGGUUUAUGAAUCCAUUCAAGUGCUUCUUUCACCUGAUCUGGGGGAACUACAAGAAAUACAUCAUUGCAGGCCUGGUGCUGUUGAUCUUGACCUUGUUCCUGGUUCUUAUCUUCUAUACCCUACCAGGGGCCAUUAGUUCUAAGAUAGUAAACGGGUGAUCAAAUCACACAAAAAACAUGACAGAUUCACAAGAUCAGCACAUUUUCACUUCUUUUUGAUGUUGUUGCUUUAAUGAAAGCUUAUGUGUAAAGACACAGGUUAGUUGGGCUUACGUAAGCAUGUUUUUUUUAGAAACAGUCCAUUACUCAAUAUGAUAGUUUGACAUGAAUAGUUUAAUAACGUUUACACAACAUAAAAACACUAGACACAGGAUAUUAAAAUGAUCAGUUCAUAACUCCAGGAAGCAAAUGUUUAUUAAUAUUUAACUAGUGUAAACUAUCUUAAAGGGAUAGUUCUUCAAAAAAUGAAAAUUAUGUCAUCAUUUAGGCUACUCACCCUCAGAAUGUUCCAAAUCUGUAUAAAUGUCACAAAUGAAGAUAUUUGUAAUAAUGUCAGUAACCAAACCGCUCUCAUCCCCCAUUGACUCCCAUAGCAUAGGGGGGGAUGAGAUCUGUUUGGUUACUGACAUUCUUCCAAAUAUCUUUAUUUGUGUUUAGCAGAACAAAGACAUUUAUACAGGUUUGGGACAUUCUGAGGGUGAAUAAAUGAGGACAGAAUUUUCAUUUUUGGGUUAACUAUCCCUUUAAACCUGCAGACAUUUGAAAUGAUGACAACUCAAAAUUAACAUUUUCAUAAAUACAAUUACAUAAACAAGCAAGUUCGAUCGCAUUACCUUUGUAAAAGUUUUACUGUUCUUUAUAUGCUUCGUUCAUAUUCUCUAACUAAUGCCCAUGUUUAAGUAAUUCAAAAAAUGUAAAUGUACUUUUGAUUUAUAGAUAAAACAUUUAAAUGUACUAUUUGAGUUGCUGAUGUUUUGUGAUUCGCAAAGCAUAGAAUAGAGUUAUGUACCGUAUAUGCACUUUAUAUAAUGUUGGUUUGAAAGUGGGUAACACUUUACAAUAAGGACUCAUUUAUUAUCACACUACAAAGUAAUACAAAUAAAUCUAUCUUUCUGAUUUAAAAUAGUAAAAGUUGAAGUACUAGGAUAAAUAAAUGCUGUGGAAGUUCAUGUUAACUGAACUAAUGUUAACAAAUGGAACCUGAUUGUAACGUGUCACCAAAAUGUCUGAAGUAAAUCCUCUUGGUUUAAAUUUUGUUCCCUAAAAACUAAUUCCAAUCUUAAUGAAUAAACAUCUUUUAGAAAAACAUUACAAACUCGAACUUGUUUGCUGAAACUUAAGAACUAUAUUUACUUAACACAUUAAACUCGACCAGUCUGGUAAAAAUCUAACACGAUAAUCUGUUAAUACAGCACACAUAACACUGAGCACUGGCAUUCAGCAAUACUGACUAUUAACAAAUGCAACUGUCAGGUUAUUAUAGCCAACAAUGACAACUUUUAGAAAAAAGGCCACUAAAAAAGAAUAAGGUAUAUUGUUUAAUACGCCAUCUGCUUUCAUCUUGCUGUCCAGGGUCUAUAUAAUGCUGCAUUUAUGCUGGCUUUUCUCAAGUCAUAAUUGAAGUAAACAAGAGCCAACAUAACUACCAUAAAGUAGUAAUUAUGCCCAGUUAAAUAUGGUGUAAAAUCCGUUGAGCCAAUGUUCUUAAGAAAUAUUAAUAGGUAUACAGUAUAAGGUCAUUUUCAUUAAGUUCAGCUGUAUUAAGCUGAAUGUACUGUUUUAUAUGCAUCACAGUCGUCGAAUGUAUACUGUUACUGAAAUGAUUUUGGAUUAAUGUGAUUAAAAUGUACUGAGGUUUUUCUGAAAAACCUGAUGUAU